CCUUGAUGGCUCCGUUGCUACACCGGCUUCUCUCUUGUCCUCCACUGUCCAAUCUGUUUGUUAUAUUUGUAAAUCAGCCUACAUAUUAUCUGCCUGUUGUUUCUGUGACGCGGGGAUCAGUGGCGCAUACUGUGCAGUCUUUACGCACGACUGAUAUGCGAAGAAAAGCGGAGAUGCGCUCUCCGGACUCACUUCACUGAUGGUCUUACCCAUGGGAGACGGUGAUCAAGGCUGCCAUGAGGAAGUACCCAAACCCCAUGAACCCUAACGUGGUCGGGGUGGACGUGUUGGAUCGCAGUCUGGAUAAAGAAGGACGCCUGCACAGCCACAGACUCCUCAGCACCGAGUGGGGCCUCCCGGCCAUUGUGCGAGCAAUAUUAGGAACCAACCACACGCAGACAUAUGUGAAGGAACACUCCAUCGUGGAUCCAGAGGAGAAAAAGAUGGAGCUGUGCUCAACAAAUAUUACUCUCACCAACCUGAUUUCAGUGGAUGAGCGGCUUCUUUACAGACCACACCCAGACAACCCUGAGGUUACCGUCCUGACCCAGGAGGCCAUCAUCACAGUCAAGGGAGUGAGUCUAAGCAGUUAUCUGGAGGGCAUGAUGGCUAGGAGAAUGUCAGCUAACGCCAGGAAGGACUGCAGCUCAACAGUGAGGCCUACUUUCCCCACUACACCUCAUAAACCAACGGGGAUUCUCAGCAUCUUGGGAUCCUCUGCAGUUGGUACCUUUACCGUCUUGCACAGGAAGCUCAGACAAAUGCUGCCAAAGCCCAAAGGUUACAGAGCUGGAUUUAAGAGUUGUGGGUCCAAGUCUGGUUUGUGUGGCUCGAUGCUAACUCAGUACUCAAUAACCCAUUAACAGCUAUUCUAAUCUGUUCAAGUGAGGAGAACAGGACAGUUUCCCUCCGUGAGUUCAAGGGUGCUGCUGUCAACAUCAUGAGCCCUCCAGACUUUACUGGUUAUUACUUCUCCACAUUUCCUUUAGUCUCAUGUCAUAUCUUAGCGUACUGUGGAAAAGAUGCAGAGGAAGGAUGCAGGAGGUACAGGCGCACAAUACUUUAGAAAACAAUGUAUGGUACAAUGACAAUAUGCAAUGAGCUUCAUAACUUGUACUCCAUGUAAGUCUUCUGUAAUGUCAAACACUGGUGACUCCUAUAACAGGAGGUGGAAUCUGAAAGUCUUUUAUUGGUGCUUAUUAUGUGUUUCAAGAGGCACAAACUGUAGAUGAUACGUUUGCAUGGUAGUAGUUUUUUUAAAAAAAAGGGGGGGUGGGAGUAAUAAAGACAAAGUUGUAGUAGCUAGUUAGCUAGCUAUAAAUGUGUGAAUGCAGCUUUAGAUAGAUAGUAAUUCAAAGAAAUUAUAUUGUUUAUCUUAGAGAAAAAAAGAUGGGAAUGUACCAUUAACAUUGCCUUCUUUUAAUGCUGUCAAAGCAACAAUACAGCGGCACCUUUUUGAUGUAAAAAGUGAUGGGCAGCAUUGCCUUAAACCAGCAUGUUGAGCUUUUGUGAUCAGAAUCAUCAAAAGAUAGAUUGACUCUCUUUUCAUAUGGCCUUAAAGUGAUGCCUGCGUAUUAUUACUUUGGCAGCUGAGUCAUUCAUGCCUUUGCCAGCCACACACAUGAUGCUUCCAAAUGUUCCGAACUACUCUGUAAAAAGCUACCUACACACCCUGAGGAGCAGGGCAGUACUGUAUGUGCAAUGCUGCAGUGGGAGAUGCGCACAAUUACAAAGAUUUAUGUGCUCAAUCAUAUUUCUGGGUAAAAUGAACAUUUACAUAAUAUUUGUAUAAAUAUUAUUUAUUUUAAAAAUAUUGUGUAACAAGCAGCGAGUUAUUGUUUUGUUUGUAUUGUCUGAGUCAUUUGCUUUUUACAUUUUGUUUUAACCUCAACUGUUGUCCUACUGCAACAAUUAAAACAAUUGUUUGAGAACAUUUUGAAACUUGAACACUGUUUGUUAUUGAGCGAACAGCUCAUUGUUUAACAGCCUAGUGUUAUUAUACAGCAGGUCUGCCUAAUUAACUCUAACACCCCAGAGUUCUGUUUGAUUUAAAGACACUG